AUGCAGAUGGAGAUCGAGGCCCUGCAGCAGCGCCGACUGCUGCUGGACUCGGCCAUGGUCACUGCGCGCACCAACGCGGUGGCGCAUGCCAUCAACCUCACCAAGGGCUUCUACGUGCACUUCUCCAACGGCUUCGACCCGCUGAACCAUCCCGAGCAGUCCAGACAAGCCGAGACUUUCCUUCGAGGAAUCAUGAGGAAGGACGCCAUUUGCUCCGAAUUCCAGGGCGUUGACUUGUUCCUGAACCAGUACAAGGUGUGCACUGAGGGCCACACCUCCAUGCGCGUGUUCGUCCACGACAUUGUCGUCAUCAACGAAGACCUGUCGUCCAGGGACGGAGCCAUCCAGGUGCUGGCCAAGGCUACCGCGCGCUUCCGCGUGAGCCGCGCGACGCUCGAGAAGUUCUUCCCGCGCAUCAUCGACGACGAAGAACUGGCGCAGCAGCUCAUCGGGAAGGAGUACGCGAUCCAGUACGACAAGGUGUUCCACUUCAAGCACGGCCGCGUGUUUCAGCACGAGUCGCAGGUGGACUUCUGCAACAGCAUGCUGCAGAUGGCGCAGAACCCGUUCGUAGCCAUGAAGCUGCUGGAGGCGUCGCUCAUGACCAAGCACGGCCACCUCAAGCUCGAUAACCGGAUCGAGGAGGACAUGAACCAACUCGAGAACACAGUGCUCUAAGGACCCGCACUGCAACCUUUUAACAGCAGCAAGACUCAAGUAAGAAGUGAACGUGUAAUUCAAGUGUAUACUUUCCCCAUACAAGCGUACAAGCGUACAGUACAGGGCGUGGCCUAGAUGAGGAACGAGAUGAAGCCGUUGAGUCCGCUGGCGAGCACGCAGAGCUGGCCGAGCGUCCAGAGCAGCGCGCGGUGCGGUUGCUUCUGGUUCACGUACGCAAAGGUGUGCGCGAUGCGAGCAGCCGUGAAGACGCCCAUGAGCACGCAGUUGAUCUCCUCUUGCCCACCGACGAUCACCGAGCCGAUGAACACGAGCAGACCCAGGGGAAUGGUCUCCAGGUCGUUCUGCACCACCCGCUUCCAGCGGUAGUCCUCGGCGCGAGCCUUGCGUAGCUGCUC